AAGUGACGAAGCUGCAACCUCUUCCACCCUCAUUCCCUCUUCUCCAAUAAUCGCGCGCUGCUCUCAUUACCUUCCAUCUCUUUUGGUCGCGUUGCCUGAUGCUUCAUUGAGUCGCAUAAGGACAACUCACCGCUCGACUACCACCUCCAAUCGUGCCCAUCUUUUGUGUUUUGUCGCUUCUCAUCCUCCCGGUUGCGCCAGCGAUCGCACACUUGUCUUUCUUCUUCCCUGCUUGCGCAUCAACUUCGCCGCGCUCUACACGACUUGUACUCCUCGAAGCCCUGAAUAUUUUCUUGUCGACAUGCGAUCCCUUCCUGGAAAGCGCAACCCCCUUGUUGCGCCUGGCACAGCGCCUUCAUACGAUGAUCUCCUCGGUCGCCGAAGGCUGGGCAAGACGAAGCUCACUGUUAAACCGGGCCAAGUAGGCACCUCGAAUGCGACCAAGGCGGAAAACCUUGGACCGUUCGAAUAUGCCCAUCUACGAGCUCCUUUGCCGGAUGACCUUAGCGGGUCCGAGAUAUUCACAACCCAGACUAACCCUACGCCCGAGACAUACUUUCUUAUGAGGAGAAGUAAGGAUGGCUUCGUGAGCGCCACCGGCAUGUUCAAGAUAGCAUUUCCCUGGGCUACCCACGCGGAAGAGAAGGCAGAACGUGACUAUCUGAAGGAGCUCGACUCCACAAGCCAGGAUGAGAUCGCUGGUAACGUUUGGGUGGCGCCUCAAUUUGCACUAGGACUGGCCUCUGAAUAUGGCCUCACGGACUGGAUCCGUGCAUUGCUUGAUCCCACCGAGAUCACACAGGCGCCUUCCAGCUCCAAGAAACCGAUUGCGCCCCCUCCAAAAUUUGAUUUGCCUGGCGACAAGACAAAGUUACAGGCACCAACCAAAACACCUCGGUCGAGGUCGACGAGGUCGUCAUCACCAACGAAAGCCACCGUAGCAGCCACUCCCUCAAAGAAGACCAAUGCUUCGCCUAGAAAGCGACAAACAAAAGCCCAGAAGGAAGCCAACAUCGCGCAUGCUAAUGCGGCAAGCGCUACUCUGCAGUCAGCUUUGGAUGACGCUGCGUCCGUUGCAGAGACGGAGCCCAAGGCUGGCUCUCCAGGGGCACCCGGGCUCGCAUCCAGCCCUACAGACGAAACAGUCAAGGUGGAAGUUGACCAGUCAGUAGAAGUUGAGGGAACGACAGAGACGACGCACACAAAUGUGACGGUAGAGAUGCCUGCAGGAUCCCCAGAACUACCCCUCCCCGAGGAUACGGAGAAGAUGCUGGAGACAGCCAGGAAAAUGGUAGAAGAGGCGAAAACCCUAGAGAGCUCUCCCAAGAUCGCAAAGAAGCGCAAAGCCCAAGAUCCAGAACCCUCAGAUAUCGACGCAGAACUUCCGGCACAGCCAGCGAAGAAAGCCAGAGUACUUGAGGAGAAGCUGAAGAGGGAAAAAGUGAGAACGAGAGCAGUCUUGGGAGUGACAGCGACUUUGGCUAUUGCGGCCGCCAUUCCUUAUUUCUUUUAAAAGAAUUGUGUGUGACAAAUCGAGUUGACGCUAUUUAUUGUUGUUGGAUUUUACUUUCAAAGAGAUACCUGCUGUUCAGUUUUUAACGAUCGAACGGAGCCUACAGCGAAUUGAUGUUUGUGUGGUAGAGAAAGGAAAGAGUUGGCUUUCGCGUCGAAACAUCCGCGCAGUUGUUUUUACUAUCCAGAUCCCUUUUCAAAAUUUCUGUCGAUGGCUGUUCGUCUUUAUAAACGACCUGCCAUGUCUCGUCGAAAAGAGAAUUUUGUUCCAACCCAGAACCCGGAACUUGCUUCGGGUUUUGUACCUGUACAGAAUCCAAUACCCAUUUUUCUUACCUCGAAUUGCCUAGGACGUUUACAGUCUGCACAAUCGACACUGGCUCAGAUAGUCUAUCUCUGGUGUUUGCCAUCCUGGUAUGGUAUCCAUGUACCGAUGGUCACGCUCGAGACGGAGGGCAUGAGGAUGUGCUAUACUAUACGAGUAUCGAGAGAAUAGAUGUGUCCUUCUUAAGCCUACUAUGUACCAGACAGAGGCUAGAAGAUUGGUUAUUUAAUCUCCAGUUGAUCUGUGCCUACAUCCGGG